AUGACAGACGCUCCUAUCAAGCCACAGAGUGGCGUAGGCGAUACCGACCGGGGAGUCCUCCCCUCGUCUGAUCUUAAACUUCAGGAGUUAGACGCAGAGCACCAAGAGAACGCCGUCGGAUAUAGAGAGUACCUUCAAGCCAUAGACUUGGAGGUCUCGGAUAAAGAGCUGCGAAGACUUCGAUGGAAGCUUGAUCUCACGAUCCUACCCAUGUUUCUUGUGACACAAGCUCUUCAAUUCAUGGAUAAGACGUCCUUGAAUUAUGCCAACCUCUUUGGGUAUCAAGCAGCACUCAGUCUUCAGGGCCAACAGUUCAACUACCUCUCAGCGAUGGUAUAUGCUGGGUAUUUCUUCGGUCAGUAUCCUUGCGGCUGGCUGAUUGGUAGAUAUCCUGCUCAAAGAGUCAUGGCAAUCAGCAUCUUCUUCUGGGGUCUGAUGGUGAUUCUCAUGACCCAAACUCGAACCUACUCCAGUGCCUGUACGCCAGUCCACAAUCGUCUUUUUCAAUCAGAGCUAACUCACCGUAUUUGUAGUGGGCGUCCGAUGUGCGCAACUUUGCCCUGGUUUGACACUGAUGACGGGAUUCUGGUAUACGCGCAAAGAGAUACCCCUUCGACAGUGCAUAUGGUAGUAUGUGCCAUGUCAAAGCACACCGAGCCUCAUACAUCAGCUGACAUUAUGCCUAGCUCGUCUCUUGGCUGGGGCGGUAUCAUCGGAUCUUACAUCUCUAUGGGCGUGUCCAAGCUCCCCGCUGACCUGAAACCAGAGCCCUGGGAACUCAUCUUUUUCAUGCUGGGCGGAGUAACGUGCGUCUGGUCGCUGGUGAUCUGGUUUCUGUUACCAGACUCGCCCUCAAACGCGUUCUUCCUGAACCACCGCGAAAGACUUGUUGCAGUCAAACGGGUCUCUGAGAACGAGACUGGCAUCAAGAACAAAGCGUUCGACAAGAAACAGGCUCUCUUGGGAUCUUUCGACCCAAAGACUCUGCUGCUGUUCACGUCCGUUUUUGCAGCCGCGAUUCCCAACGGGGUUAUCAACUCCUUUUCUACUGUUAUCAUCCGUGACAUGGGGUUCAGCACAACACAGACAACGCAGCUGAAGUCGGUUGGUGAUGCGGUUCAGAUCGUCGCUCUCCUCAUUGGAGGCACUGUCAUCUUGAAUGUGAAGGACUCGCGUCUGAUUACAGCCUUGGUAGCCAAUCUGCUUUGCACAAUCUCGGCUGUCUGCAUGGCAUAUCUCCCUGAGACAAAUACCUGGGGUCGACUUGUGUCAUUCUGGCUGGUCAACUCACAAUCAGUUGGCUUCACAGUGUCUCUGACCACCAUCUCCUCCAAUAUGGCCGGAUAUACGCACCGUUCUCUCGCGAGCGCCAUGGUUUUCACGGCGUACUGCUGGGGAAACUUUGCUGGACCAUUCGUAGUAAAGCAAUCGGAGGCCCCGCACUUCCGAGGAGCUACGAUUGGGCUCCAAGUCGGCUACGCUAUCAAGUUGGUCUGCCACCUAACUCUGCUCAUCUACAUGUACCUGGUCAAUCGCCAUCGUGACAAGAAGUACGGCGAGCCCAAUAGGGAGAGCAGCAAGGAAGCUGGAAUGAGGGACCAGACUGAGUUCGAGAACAAGGACUUUAGAUAUGUGCUUUGA